UACAUACGUUAAUACAUGUGAAAACGAAAAAUAUAUCGCACAGUCACGUGGUGCUCCUUGCAAACGUCAUCUAACGUUGGACAUUUAAACCGACCAUCGGUCGCUGACAUGUUCGAAUUGUAACGUCAUGUGCCCGAUCUUCUUUAAUUCAACCCACGUCAUAACGUUUGCUUUCUGCUGUCUUGUUUGUGUUCCGUCAGUUCGCUCCUUAUUUCGGUAAAAUGAGCCCGAUCGAUCAUCGCAGGAGCAGACUCGAUGACCGCACGAGAAGCGAAAAUGACAUCUGAAAAUCACAACGGGAAAACACAACAGGCAACCCGGUUCUUUACUAUCAGAGUAACUAACUCCGCCGGCGAAAACGAGACUGAUCCUCGAUCUCCGGAGGUUGGCGAUUAAAAGAAAAGCUUGAGCUUCUGAUUACAAUAUUCGGCGAGUUUUAAUCGCGCUCACAAACAUGUAUUCGACGAAGACGCCAACCCUGCGAAUCGACGAGGCCGAUCUCAAGUGCAAGAACGGCUGCGGCUUCUACGGCAACGCGGAAUGGGAAGGCUACUGCAGCAAAUGUCAUCGGGAACAUCUGCAGAAACGGCGAGCCCAAGCCGAACGCGUGUCUCAUGCGCAGCUUUCGGACACAGAUAAUGUCAAUCGCCUGGUGGUUGCCGGUAGUCACAAGUACGAGGAGAAAAAGGUACAGCAUGAGAAAAAGUACAAAUUGUUGAACAUCUCCUUCAGGAAACCCGUCGCAAAAGUUCAAGGAUAUCAGGAAUUGUAUCAUGAGCUAUUGAAGGAUAAUCCGGAUCUUGAGAAGGUGAAGGCUGAGAAUCGAGAUUUGUUGUUAUACAUAGCCAAGACUCCUGUGGAGAAAGACGUGAGGAAGUGUAUACAUUCGUUCGUAGUAGACAUACUUCAGAACAAAGAUGUGAAGAGGAUAGAGGAGCUGUCGGAAAUAACGCAAAAUUUUUACCAUGUCUUUGGAAAACGCCUGGAGAACAGCGCCAAAUAUGCAGACAUACCACCGGAGAUCAAGGAAAAAUUAUUAGAUUAUGUCGAGAGGUACGCGAUGACACUAUUGUACAGGAUUCUCUUCUGUCCUCCGUUCACAACCGACGAAGAGAAGGAUUUGGCUAUACAGAAAAGAAUACGACAGUUGAAUUGGGUCAGUGGCAAGAAUUUGGAAUGCAGAAUCCACGAGACGAGCUCGGAAGUCAGAGAACUCGUUUACACGUCCAUUACAGAUCUUUUAAAUAUGGAUUCCGCGAAAGCGCCUCAGGAGAAAUUAGCGUGCGUUAUUCAUUGCUGUAGAAAUAUAUUCUUGUUGUUGCAACAGUCCGUCGACGGGCCGGCGUCGGCCGACGAGUUCCUGCCGGCGCUCAUCUUCAUCGUUUUAAAGGCUAAUCCUGCGCGUCUCAAGAGCAAUAUCAAUUUUAUUACAAGGUUUUGCAACGCCAGUAGACUGAUGACUGGAGAGGGAGGAUAUUACUUCACGAAUCUGUGUUGCGCAGUGUCAUUCAUCGAAAACUUAACCGCGGAAUCCUUGAACAUGGCCGAGAAAGAUUUUAAUGCGUACAUGUCGGGUGAGUGCGUGCCAGCCAAUACAUGGCAGUCGGCUCUUAUGAUAUGCGAAAGUCUACACUUCAUGUGCGAGGACAUAACUCUAUUGGACGAUUUGCAAGCGAAAAAUACUGACAUCAUAAAGCAGGCGGAGGAGUUGAAGAACCAAAUGAUGGACUUCAACGAGAAGAUCAAAGAAGGUGUGAAUAAGGUGAUCGAAAGGACGCCAUUGCUAAUAACUCACAGUCAAAGAGUACCCACCAAUCUGGAUAGCGAAGACGUUGAGAGUUAUCAGCUGCCCCCGCCGAUUAUUCCACAGAUAUAUCCGCAGUCCACCGGCGAAAACCUGAAUGGCAACGUAAUGACAGACCUGUCGAGCGACUUGAUGAGAACAUCAUUGGUGGAAGAUUCCGUGACGCCGUCGCCGACAUUCGAUUUUCCAUCCUUCAUCGGUGAUGACAGUUUGGAAGUUAGUAGAGGCGAGGAUGAGACUAGUCUUAUCAGUUUGGAUACCCAAUCGGAUCUCGCGACCGGUGAGACCAGUCAGCUCUUCAAAAAACAUACAGACAGUUUAAUGGACGAGUGUCCGACACCUGAAGCGAAUUUACCGCCCGCUUUGAAGCCUAUCAGCUCCGAGGAUUAUCAUGGCUUUACCAUUCAGGGAUCGCAUAUACCGACGAUCCCGUGCAAUACGGGCGAUUCGUCGAAAACUUCGGCGGACUUGGACACGGACAGCUAUUCCAGUUAUUUCCAGAACAUGUAG